UUCCAGUGUCACCCUUAUAUUUUGUUUAAUAGAUUUUCUUCUGUCUUUUCUUUUUCUGCCUGUCUUAAUUAAUUAGUGAGAUCUAACGGUUGUAAGUUUUUCUAUUUACGGAUACGCACAAAGACAUGGGUUCUAACGCUUCAGAAGUUGUUCUUGAUUUGUUUCCCUACCUUAAAGUAUACAAAGAUGGAACGCUCGAGAGGAUUGCCGGAGUUGAAGUAGUUCCGCCAGGACUUGAUACUGAAACUGGCGUUUUAUCCAAAGACAUCGUCGUCAUACCGGAAAUCGGCGUCUCAGCCAGGAUUUACCGGCCCAACUUGCUUAGUAAAGAUGAAAAGAUACCACUCGUAGUUUAUUUUCAUGGUGGAGCGUUUUGUGUAGCAUCUCCAGCCUGUCCAGAGUACCAUACCAGCCUCAACAAGCUCGUUGCUGAGGCUAACAUCAUAGCUCUUUCAGUUGGCUACAGGUUAGUCCCAGAGCAUCCUCUUCCUACUGCAUAUGAAGACUCAUUGGCUGCACUUCAGUGGAUAGCUUCCCACAAGGAGGGAGAUGGCGACCAUGAGGCUUGGAUCAAGGAUUAUGCUGACUUUGACCAGGUUUUUUUGGCUGGUGAUAGUGCUGGUGCAAAUAUUGCACACCACUUGGCUUUGCGGAUCAAGCACUCAGGCCUGGAUCAGAACUUGAAGAUUCUUGGUAUUGGUAUGAUCCAUCCUUACUUUUGGGGAACAAACCCAAUUGGAGCAGAGGUUACUGAUUCGUUCAGGAAAGGAUUAGUGGAUAAUUGGUGGUUGUACGUUUGUCCCUCUGAUAAAGGGUGUGAUGAUCCGCUUAUCAACCCUUUUGUGGAUGGAUCCUCAGAUCUUGCAGGCUUGGCAUGUGAUGGAAUCCUUAUUACUGUUGCAGGGAAGGAUAUACUUAGGGACAGAGGGAGGCUUUAUUAUGAUAAAUUGGUGAAAUCUGGGUGGAAGGGAAAGGCAGAGAUUAUGGAGAUCGAAGGUGAGGAUCACGUUUUCCAUAUUUUUAACCCUGACUGUGCAAAGGCUAAGAGCAUGAUCAAACGCAUGGCUUCUUUCCUGAACCAGGGAAAAGCUCCCGUCAAGUGA